CUCAGCAGCCUAUAUAAGUCAGAACAUGAUGGAAUUGAGCGUCUUUCGUUCCAACAGUCCUUGGUGUCUUAAGGAGGUUGACAAUCGUGACAAAGACGCAUUAUGGCUCUGAUUUUCGUACCCCUCGUCGCGCUGAUUGGUGUCUCGCUAUCAGCGCCGGCAUACCAACUUCCCUUGACGUACGUGGCCCUGUCACCCAUACCCGAAAAUACCUACAAUCAAGUUCAAGAUACAAAGAGCGGGGAGUACGCGUUCGGGUACGCCGGAGGGCCCGUGGCUCGGGAAGAAGCCAAAACGUCCGAUGGCGUAAUUCGAGGUGCUUACAGCUACGUCGACGCUUACGGUAUCGUGCAGUACUAUCGAUACAUAGCCGAUGACGAUGGCUUCCGUGUUGUCGGUACGAACAUACCAGCAGAGGAGGCGCAUAAUCCGGGAAUAAAAAUCGGGGAGCAGUUUGAAACGAGUCCUGGAGAUUCGUCAAACGAACCUGAGGAGCGUUCGGCUAGUCGGAAAAAACGCAGUGCCAUCGCCGGCGCGUUGGAUGGCGCAGAAGCUAUUCCAACCGUACCUUUGACCGUGGCCACAGUUUCGUCAGUGCCAACUGCAACUUCGAGUCAAAAACGGGUCCAAAUUCACAAAAGUAUCAAAGCUGAGAUCGGCUACCCAGUUGCGCUCGGUGAGCCGGUAGCGGUGGUUCCAGAAAUUCAAAUUUCAGUGAAAAAUGCUGACACGAUCCCCGUAGUAGUUGCCGCGUCUGUGCAAACGUCCGCAUCCGGUCAAUCCCGUCACCAGGUUCAUAAUCGUGGAAAAACAGAAUUUUACGUGGCUGACGCGGCUGUUCCUGUCAAGACCCUCGUUCCGGCUGCUCCGGUCGAACUCGGGAGCGUCGAAGCAGUUCCAGCCCUGGCGACUUCCACGUCGAGUCAAUCUCGCUACCAGGUCCACAAUAGCGUGGGAAUCGAAUCCCACAAGCCUGAGGGUGUAAUUGGCCUCGAAACCGUUGAAGAAGAGCCAGUUGCUUCAAUCGCAGUUCCAGCCGAACUUGGGAGCGCUAAGAUCGUCCCCGCAGCUGUUAUAGCUUCCGUACCAAUCGCUGGGUCCAGCCAGUCGCGUUUCCAGGUUCACAGCAGCGUAAGAACGGCAGCGCCAAUCGCAGUGCCUUCUGGGUUCAAGAGCACGGAAGCCACAGCGAUUGAGGCCUCUUUGCCGAUCUCCGCGUCCCCCCAGUCCCGUUUUCAGGUUAACGAUAAUUUAAAAACAGAAUUCCACAAUGACGAUACUCCCGAAACUCCUGCAGCUUCAGCGCUUGCUUCAGCAUCCGAUAAAGCGUCUUUCCAAAAGGAGGACAAUGCCAAGGUUGGGCAUGGAGAGUUGGCUCGAGACUGGGAACAUGAAUUAAGAGGCCUGGAGCCGGCCAGCGGACUGCAACUCGCCAACGCAUAUUCUGAGCCGUUCUUAUCUCGUCAUCACGUUGGUGUCGGUCUCGGAGUCGUUCCAUCUCCCCUUGUCGCUUACCACACUUUCGCCAGUUCAUUAUAUGCCUGAAGUUUUCGAUGAUCGGAGCAACACUUUUGAGACUGAACGAUUAUCCUUUCUUUUUGUAAAAUGAUGAAUAUUAUUUUUGCUUCUAUUACAAUUUUUCGAAAAUUGAGAACUCGAGCUAUUUGAGUGCUUAAAAAUAAAUUUUAGAGCUCCACCAAUUCCUAGGGAAAUGAUGUCAUUUCUUCAUUCCUUUUUUUCGUUCCAAUACGUAGUACUGUAAGAUAAUAAAUGGGAGUAAAGUAUGUC